AUGGAUUCAUGUGUGACCAAGUUAAACAGGCCAAAGAACGUCCGCAGCCGGAGCCGGUCACCAAAGGGCUGGAAGAGCCCUUCCCGGAGGUACCUCUGCCUGGAAUGCAAUAGGGAGUGCAGCUCCCAAUCGAAUCUGAAGCGACAUGUGGAUGAGCAGCAUGGGACACAGCCGGAGGCAACACGGCUGCGGUGCCCCCACCAGCACUGCGGGCAUUCCUUUGUUCGUAAGCAUGAUUUGGAGAGGCACUGGAGAUCUCAUGACAGAGGGCAAGGUCCAGCAGGUGAGUCAGCAAGUGGUUCAGCCAGUAGGUCAUUGGGCGUGGUCUCCACACCAGAGGUGCCCCGCACUCCAGGAAGGAAUAUGGAUACACUUAGUCUACAUCCAAGGAGUGCGGAAAGGGAAAUUGUGCUAGCCCCCCUAUCACCACCCCAAGUGCGGCGAAGCAUUGAGAUGCCCUUGGUUAGAGUGAGUGAGCCCCAAUCGACAACAACACCAGCCAGACCCGCGAUCUUCAAGGAGGCUGCAACUCAGACGGACGGACGACAUAUGCACCGACUUGCCGAGCGAACCAUCCAGGAGAUGCUCGACGGGGAAGGGAAAGUAACAGCACGUAUCGUCAGAGAGAAGUUCUUCCCGGAGUAGACAGAGUCGUCGAUCCAAUCGCGUCAUUUUGAUCGCGUUGUUUUAUAAGUUUUGUAUAAGUUAUAGAGAGGUUUUUUUAUCUAAAGUGUUCGUUUACUCUUAUUUAAAAAAAAGGUUGUUGUCUAAGUAUUCAUUAGUUGUUUUUGACUGAAAGUAAAGUUAAAAGUUCAUAUAAGUUAUAUUUGUUAAAAAAAAUUGUUUUAAAGUGACGAUGUGAGGACACAUCCUUUUUAAAGGAGGGGGUCAUGUAACGAGCAUGGCCACAUGGUGGCGUGCUCGUGUAGCGUUGAGUAAGGUGACUGGAGGUCACCCAAAGUUCGGGCGAGUCACGAGCAGCGCUGACCGCAGACAUCCGGAGUACCUGGGAAUCCAGGCAAGUUGCGCGCCAAAUCUUGGGAUUGUGUGCUUGGAUUCCCACGUGUUCUGGAGAUUGCAGUCAGUGCUGUUUUGGAUCUGAUAGAAGUCAGACGAUUUGAGAAGUUACUCCCCACAAAUUAAGUAGCAGAUUUAUUAUGUAAGUACAUGAAGUUGAUUUAUUAUGAUGAUUGAGAAGAGAACCAGAGAAUCAGAGCCGAAUCAAUAGAAUUCAAAAGUUUCCCGUGUCAUAACUAUUUAUUCGUUUGCCUGUCUCAUGUGCCGUUCCUGUCUGUGUGUUAAUGUUUAAUUCUCGUCCAAAGUAAAAACCAACAAGUCCUUUAGACCGCGAA